AUGGAAGAGAGAUUUAGGAAAGUGUUGGGGAUGGAAAUGGAAAUUACCAUUUGGGCGGGUGAGCAGGUAAUUCCAGGCCACGCGCAGGGGGUGGGGGCCGAGGGGUCCCACGAGGAGGAGAGAGAUGAGGAAGAAGAUGAAGAUGUGAGAGAGAGAAGGGCCUCGCCGUCUGGAGACAGACACUGCCCGCCUUUAAUACUAAUACAGCACAAGAGGAUGAUGAAGAUGAAGAUGAUGACUAAGCCAUCAUUCUCGUCAUCUCUUGCUUGUUGCCAUUUUUCUGGUGUGGCGUGGGGGAAGGAAGAAGCUAGCUAG